GAAGUAGCACGAAAAAGAUACAAAUCUAGCCGGGGUCCGGUGUUAAGGUCAAGCGAACGUCGCCGUCCACAGAGUAUAUCGUCAUCCACCCCCGCACUACUGCCGCGCGUGGUCCUGAACCGCAUCGAUCCUAGAGACUGUGAGCAGCGUAUUCGCGUAUCGUACAAGGUUGCCAUCCGUAGCACCAGAAGCAGUCGCACAAAUAACACCAGCAGUAGUCACAGUGGCAUGAAUAUGGGCCAAAAAAUCAGUGGCAGCGUCAAAACGGUCAGCCGUGAUCAGCCGUCCCCGUUCAUUCCGAAGAUUCCCCGCGAACUGGCAGCUCACUUCCAGCGUCCUGCACGGCUCGACGUACUGCUCGAUAUGCCGCCGGCGCCUCGGGAAACACAGCUUAAGUACUCGUGGAACUCAGAGGACCGAUCGCUAAACGUGUUUGUGAAGGAGGACGACAAAAUGACCUUCCACCGACAUCCGGUGGCACAGAGCACAGACUGCAUACGGGGCAAGGUAGGCUUCACCAAGGGCCUGCACGUGUGGGAAGUGACCUGGUCGACACGGCAGCGCGGAACGCACGCAGUGAUCGGUGUGGCUACCGCUGAAGCUCCCCUGCACUCUGUAGGUUAUCAAAGUUUAGUCGGCCUAAACGAGCAUAGCUGGGGCUGGGAUCUGGGACGCAACAAACUGUUCCACAAUUCCAAGUCCUGUCCGGGCGUCACCUACCCUGCGAUACUGAAAUCGGAGGAAACAUUUCUGGUGCCGGACAAGUUCCUCGUAGCGCUCGACAUGGACGAGGGAACGCUCAGUUUUAUUGUCGACGGCCAGUAUUUGGGUGUGGCGUUCAAGGGAUUGAAGGGACGGAAACUAUACCCGAUAGUAUCAGCCGUCUGGGGGCACUGCGAAAUAACGAUGAAAUACAUUGGCGGAUUAGAUCCCGAACCGCUACCACUAAUGGAUCUCUGUAGGCGCGUCAUUCGCCAGAGAAUCGGCCGGACGUAUUUAGAGGAACGUAUACCAAACCUAGCCCUGCCGCAGUCGAUGAAAACCUAUCUGCUGUAUCGGGAUCGAAGAUAAUAAAACGUCUCU